AUGGAAGACGCGCUGCUGUUGGCCCACAUGCGGUGCGACGCCAACUGCAGCGCCGCAAACAGUGUGGCCCACGCCAUCAACCGCUUCUGGAGCGGGCUGGGCCUCGACGCGCGCCGGACCCUCACCAGCGAGAAGAAGCACGUCGUGCUGCAAUCCCUCCGCAAGAAGCACCUCCACACCCGCAACUGCCCCUGCUGCCAGCACUCCAAGGUUUUCUUCGACGGAGGAGCGCGCACGUACGAGCGCUUCUGCACGGCUUGGGAGAAUCAGCCCGACGACGCCGGCCUCAUCGACAUUCACUCCCCCGCCAUCCUGGGCGUUGACGAAAACACUGAGGCGGACAAGUCGAAGCUCAACAAGAAAAAGAAAGGGGCGAAGAGCGAGAGCAAGCCUCGACCGCGGGGAGCCAAGCGCACGUUCCUCGACGAGCUCGAGGAGCGCGAGAAUCGGAUCCGAGAGGCGGAAGAGCGCGAGCGCGAGAGGGAGCGCGAGAUCGAAGCCGAGCGCAACCGCAACAAGCCCGAAGAAAGGGAGGAGGACGUGGUCUACGUCGACGUGCCCACCAUCUUCGGCGACGCGCUGUCGGUCAAGGCUGGCGUGAUUUCGUUGAAGAGCUCCGAGAUCGCCCGCGAUGACCUCUGGACAUUCCUCCUGGAGCGGUAUAUAUCUAAGAAAACUCUGUGCAGCGAGAACGAUUGUCAAGCGAAGAACAAGCAGCACUACAAGAAGUGCGAGAUCUGCUCAUCGUACCACGUGUUCGAGCUGUUUCUGUUCCACACAUUCUUCGACAACGUGAAGAGAGCCCAAGUGGACGAGAUCAGGCGCCAGCAUGCCGAAGCCUGCGCCAAGCUCCUCCUCGAAGAGGAGCACAACAAGAAGGCCAACAAGAAGACAACGUCCAAGUCCAAGAAGCGCAAGGAGCGGCGCAGUCGAAAGGAGGCGUGCGAUUGCAAGUGCCAUGACGGAGGGCAAGCCGCCCCCACCGCAUCGCCGGUGAUCGACCACCUCGCCCAGGCGGUAGAAGCCGACGGAAGCGGCGAAAGUGGUAACGAGGUAAGCGAAGACGAGGUGCGGACGGACGAAGGCCAGAACAGCGAUGGAGACCUCGACACCUUCGUGUCAGAAGAAGAAGAAGAAGAAGAAGAAGACGAAGAGGAAGUCGAGGCUGGAGAUGUGUCGACCGAAGAAGAAGAAGAACAAGCUCAGGAAUCCGAGGAAGAGCCGGAGGUGCGAGUUGAGCCACAGCAACAAAUUAGACACGAGGUCGAUGACGGUCGAGGGUGGACGAAGCAGACCAACCGGAAGAAGCCCAAAAAGGCCGCUAAACCCGAAGUGGCGGUGCUGCCCGCAAAGACGUGUCCGCCGGGACUCAGCCUGGCGGUUCCGACCAGGAGCAUUCCGACGCCCAAUCGUGUGACCACGCCGCCCAGCACAGCGCCCGCCCUGCUGACCAACUCGGCCCCGAGCCUCAAGCGACACACUCCGUUCGCCGAGAUCGCGAAGGAGAAGCACAGGAAGCAAGGCGAUGGAAACCAUCUGUGUCUGAACCAACUGCACGAUCACAACCACUCCAAGCACGCACUUCCCAACAAGCCCCUCGAUGCUCAGCCCAAGCAAUCUGCAUCCCCGCUGGCGGCGCCAGCGUCGGCCACUCCGGCUGCUGCGGCGCCGGCUCUCCCCAAGAAGCCCCAAACCUCGGCCUCGACCGCGAAGCCGGCGCCCAUCGUACCGGGGCCGCCCCCUCCCCACUUCCCCUACUGGAGCCGACACCACCACAACGUGAUCCCCAAGAACUGGGUGUGGAAGGCCAAGAAGGAGGAGCAGUCGGCGGCCGAAGCCAAGGCGCAGGCGCAGGCCAAGGGGCUCGAGGAGGAGCGCAAGAGACAGGAGCGGCAGGAGAAGAUACGCAGCGCCGCUGCGGUCUUGAAGGAAGCGAUCCGUGAGGCUGGAGAUGCCAGCGAUGUGAGCUUCAUGAAGGAGACUCUCAAGGAGCUCAACGACCAAGCCAACGCCAAGUUCUGCUGCGAUUGCGCGUUCGACAAACCAGAAGACGCCGACAAGCAACGACAACAGACGGACAGUGGCCCGGCGUGCAGCGUGCCCGAUUGCCGCGACGUCGACUGCUGCUACUCCCACUUUGACGGUCCUUCGCUGUUCAGCAUCGACCCGGUCAUGUUCCCCUUCUCCCACAACUACACCUCCUCGCUCGUGUCGUCGCCCUCGUCGUGGCCUUCUUCGCCCACACUCGACUACAGCUAUCAGUUCUCCUCCUACGCCGCAGGGGAGCCCUGUGCGGACUCUCUGCACCAUGGCCACCACCAGCCUUGGCUCCUUCACUCGUACACCUGA